CUUCAGGAAUCGGCUUCCUGGUUGUGAACUACUUGAGAGUGCUGACAGGCAGGCAGCUUCAAAAGCAGCCAGGAGAAAUUGUCUCGCUAACUUUGCAAAGGAAUUAAAACAUGCUGAAAGGUGCAAAUGAUGGUGUCAUGGAGCAGGAGGACUCUGCUUCCCAACAUGGAGAAAUGAUGACUUGGGAUAUCAAUGACAUCAAACUUCCCCAGGACGUAAGACAGACAGACUGGUUUCAAGAAUGGCCAGAUUCCUAUGUAAAACAUAUCUAUAGCUCAGAGGAUAAAAACGCUCAGAGGCACCACAGCAGCUGGGCAAUGAGAAACACCAACAACCACAACUCUCGCAUCUUAAAGAAGUCCUGCCUUGGGGUGGUGGUCUGCAGCAAUGACUGCUCGACCUUGGAGGGGAGGAAGAUCUACCUACGACCAGCCAUAUGCGAUAAAGCUAGGCAAAAACAACAGCGAAAAUGCUGUCCCAACUGCAAUGGACCCCUGAGGCUCCUUUCCUGCCGAGGCCAUGGUGGUUACCCAGUUACCAACUUCUGGAGGCAUGAAGGCCAAUUCAUAUUUUUUCAGUCCAAAGGAGCUCAUGACCAUCCACGUCCAGAAACAAAACUAGAAGCAGAAGCAAGAAGAUCAAUCCAGAAAGCACAGACAGCUUUUUCUCCAUCUUCUCCAAGAUUAAAAAGAAUCCGGGAGAUUGAGUCUGUGACAGGUGCAAUGUCGACGCGGGAGGCUUUGCCUUUGCUUCAUUCCAAGCCGAACACUUACGUGCUACCUGCUAAUUUUGGGAGACAUUUAAGCAAAAGCUCCCAGGAGCCAAUGUUGGGCAGCUGCUCUGUGCAGCCACCAUACCAAAGGGCAACUGGGGAGGAUGGGGGCUCUGGAGAGGCCCCAACCUGGAGCAGGAGCCUGCCCCUCAGGAGGACCCCCAACACCGGGAGGCCUUGCAGUGGCCAUGACAACCCUGCGGCCAACCUGCCCUGUGCAACCCCUUCCCCCCAGCACUGGGCCCACCCUGGCACCCAGCACAUCCUGCCUGUCACAAAGGGUGACCAUGACCCCUUCAGGCCUAAUGCUGGCCCUUCAGGAGAUGAAUGCUGUGAGGAGAAAUCCCCACUAGCCUACAGCGGCAGCUGUCUCCCUCCACUGCCCUACUCUGUGCUUCGGGGAGGCCCCUGCGCCAUGGCGAGUGGGGUGCACCACCACUGCCAGUUCUCGGCACCUCUGAGGGGGAACAAAGGAGAUAAGGGUGAGGGAGGGUGCUGCAUGGAUCUCAACUACUGCAAUGAUGACAUGAUUUUUAACCUGUACCCAUUACGAUGA